UCAUGACUACUAUAUUACAGAAAAAUAGUAUGAAAACCUUACAAAAUGGUAAUAAAGGUAUCCACCAUAAUUUAAACCACCAAGUACAGAAUCUUGACUAUGAAUUAUGUGAUGAAUCAAAAAUCAAAGAAGAAACACAAGAAAUAGCAAUAACAGAAGAAGUCGCAACAGAAGGUCCUGAAAUAGACAUUAUGAUAAACAAUGUGGUGUGUAGUUUUAGUGUAAGGUGUCAUCUGAACUUGCGUGAGAUUGCAUUGAAUGGUAUGAAUGUUGAAUAUCGUAGGGAAAAUGGUAUGUUAACUAUGAAACUGCGCCGACCUUAUACAACAGCGAGUAUUUGGUCAUCGGGUAAAAUUACAUGUACAGGAGCGACCAGUGAGGAACAGGCAAAAAUCGCAGCAAGAAGAUUCGCUAGAUGUCUCCAAAAAUUAGGUUUCAAUAUAAGGUUUAACAACUACAGAGUUGUGAACGUUUUAGGAACUUGUUCAAUGCCUUUUGCAAUUAAAAUAACCUCUUUCUCCGAACACCAUAAAGAAGCAGAAUAUGAGCCAGAGCUCCAUCCGGGGGUCACUUACAAACUUAAAGAACCCAAAGCAACUUUGAAAAUAUUCUCGACUGGUAGUGUUACUGUUACAGCACCCAGCGUUGCUGACGUACAAGCCGCCAUUGAGUAUAUUUUCCCCCUAGUUUAUGAAUUUCGGAAGGAGAGGACAGCUGAAGAGCAGACAGCUCUGGCCUUGAAGAAACUGAAACAGCAAGAAUUAGUCGGCAAUAUGUAUGUAGAUGAAGAGAAUAGUGGAGAUAAUGUUUGGUCAUGAAUUUUUGAACUUGAAUAUUGAGUGUUUAUUUAUUUUCAGUCAUUUUGAAAAAUUAACCAUUUUUAAAAUUGUAUGUGCGCAAUAUGGCACAUGCAAUGUUUUUAUUUGAUAUAAUCUCUAAUUACUAUCUUGUUUUCUGAAUAAACGUUUUCGAAAAUACUCUUCGACUCACUUGGAUAAAUUUAGAUAUAAAUAAAGGCUGUAGUUCAUCAAAGCAAAUAACAAGAAAUUGAUUUAUAUAAAAAUAUCUACCCCUGCUUGUAAGGUUUUCUUGCUUUGGACACGCAAACAUUUCAGAAUAAUUGAAGCAGAAUUAUUUCUUCUUGUUUGAUGAAUAUCAUUGAAAAAGAAUGUGUUAACUCCAGUUUAGCCUUGAAAUAUUCAACAUUGAGUGAGAGAAUUUCAUUCAAAAACAUGUUAAAUCUAAUAUUUUUUUAAUAUUCAAUUGUUAUUAUUCACCCCCUAUAAAUUUAAAGAAUUUCUAUGUAAUCUUUUCAAAGUAUUAUUCACGUUAGAAUCAAGAAAAUUGUUAGAUUUUCAUUUAACUGAGAUUAAAUUAGUUAUCUUAUAUAUAAAUAAAUCAUGAAUGUGAAUGAAACACUCUCAUUUGAAGUUGAAUUCAUAUUUAAUGAGUUCGGAUAUUCUCUCUGCCUAAUAAUAUUAGGGAUUACACCAUUUUUUCAUAAUGAAAACGAAAUAAAAAGUCUGAUAUUUGAAAAUUUUCAUAACUUCAUUAGUUUAUGAUCUAACCAAAUAAUGCUAAGAAUUUCCUGUGUUCUCUCAGAGCCUGAUUUUUUCUAUAUCAACUUGAAAAAAUGUAGAAAAAUAGGUAUGUGAUUGAAUGGUACUAUUUCUUCAGUUUAUUUGUUGAUUUUUGCAGAUGUAUCAUCGUAAGUUGUGAUACAAAUCAGUAUCAUCUGCACUAGAAUCGCUUUUUUUUUAUUGUAUUAUGUAAAUUAACAGAUGUUCUUCAAAUCGCCGUUAUUGAGUCAGAAGCGAUUUUGUUAUUGAUAUUCCCUGAAUGUUUUUAUUGGUGAUUGUGUUGAUUGAAUGAUACUGCCUACAUCUGUGUCAAAUCAGAAAUUGAGGAUUUUAAAUUUUGUUGGAAAUGUGCACAAUUUUUAAUCCUUUCAGUUUUUGAAAUAUUGAUCAUUUAUUAUUUUCCAAAGAUUGGGCUGCAAAUUCUCUGUUCAUUUGAUGCCCAUAAUACAAUUCUCUUAAGUAGAUGUUAAAUGUAGAUAAUAUACGUCACACUCGUUUAGAGUAAGAGUAUGGUUUAAUUUAAAUUGAAUGUAUGAUGAUGAGAAGCUUGGAAUAAAUAUUCAGUUUUUGA